CUGUUAAAUGUUUCCAAUUUGAUUAGUGUUUCCAUCAUUUCCUUUUGACUUUCCUCUGAUUCCUGUUUUUCCUCUCUUUUUUUUGUUUUAUUUUAAUAACCUGUUGUUCAUUAUUCUGGUUUACUUCCUAUUCCCGCUUCAAUCUAAUUGUUUCCCUUUCUUCAGGCGCUGCAAACACAAUGAAUUUAAUUAGUUCAACAAUCAUCUCAAUUACUAUUCUUUUCCUUCAAUUGUACCUUUGUGUCUCUGGUAAGAGAUAUGGUAAAGCCGAUUCAAAGUUAGACCUGUUAACUAUUGUCCAUCGUCAUGGUGAACGGACGCCCUAUAAAUUUUUCGCCAAUGAUCCAUAUUCUGAUCCAAAAUAUUGGCCUGAUGGUGAAGUGGAACUAACAACUCCUGGUCGUCAGCGAAUGUACCAACUGGGUGUCUCCAUACGCGAGAAAUACUCAACCUUUUUCGUGGACAAUCCAAGGUUGACCUAUGCCCGCAGUUCCGAUGCUGAUCGGUGCAUCGAAAGCAGCGAAUUGGUCUUACAUGGAAUCUUUAAGGCCACAGGCCGAUGGGUUUACAGUAAUGAGACCCGAUACUUGCCAAUUCCUAUUCACACCGUGCCAACUGCUUUUGACAGUAUGUUAACAAUUGACGUUAAUUGUCCGGAAGCUUCAACUGAAAAGGCUCGAUUACUGACUAGUGAUACUGCUAAAUCAAUUAUGAAUAAAUAUUCUGGAACCUUGAAUAUAAUCAAACAUGAAACAGGCAAUGAUUUGAGUGAUUUAAACGCUGUUGCUGAUUUUUUCACUACUCUUGAAAUUGAAGAGGCAAAUAUCCAAAACUGGACAAGACCAACAUGGUUGACCGAUAAAGUCAUGGAAGAGCUUCAUAUUAUGAGUGAUGCUGGAAUUUAUAUCGCUCAAAGUUCAUUUAAAAUACUUCGAUUACGAACAUCAAACUUUUUCUAUGACCUUCGAAGACGAAUCGACGCAAAAUUGUACAAUGAUGUUAAAAACGGUGCUAACUUAAAGUUAAUCUCCUAUUCUACCCAUGAUAAUCUAUUGGCUUCCAUCCUAAUUGCUCUUGGAAUAUUUGAUAAUAAGAUUCCUCCUUAUGGAGCUACUUUACUCUUCGAGUUGGUUCGUUCUGAAAAACCUUUCGUCAAGACCUUUUACUGGAAUGACACUAAAUCUGAACCCAAUCAAGUCGCUUUACCCGCUUGUGAUAAUCAUCUUAAUUGCUCAGCUGAUCGGUUUACCAAAUUGAUUUCAACCUACAUUUUGGAUGAUUGGGAACGAGAAUGUGGCCUUAAAAAAGAGAUCAGUCUUUGGUCUAAUGGCCUUUUCGUCGCCCUCGUUGUGAUCCUUGGCUUAGUCAUUUCUGCAGGUUUAGUUUGGUUCAUGGCAAUUCAAUGGCAAGCGGUAAGACGUGGAUACACCGUCAUUUCUUGAUUGUUUUCCUACAAUUAAAAUCUACAGGUUAAUUAUGAUGUGAACAUCGAACUCGUUACCCGUGAUAACUCCCUCGAAGACCAAGAAAGUGCGUUACCUUUGCUAAAUCGAGAAACUAAAUCGUAAAAAUUUGGAAACCAAGUCAAUGGAAACACAAACGUUUCAGCCAUAAGAAACAUUUUCUCAACACAAAUAUUCAACUAACCUUUCAUCAAAUUAACUAAUCAAUAUUUUAAUCUGUUAAUUACAAACUAUUAUUAUGAAUCUUGUCCACUGUGUAAAUAGAGAAGCAAAGAGAAAUUAAUUUUUUACUUUUUGUUUACAUUAACUUUGCAUCGAAAUUAAAAACAAAAAAAAAAGGUUUUAAAAACAUUAA